CAGCCUCGCGAACCAAACGGACGGAAGUAACGAAACGAUUCGGAGGGCGCCGGAUAUAUCGCUACGCGCACGCGGUUCCUCUCGCCUUUCUGAUCCCCUCCCGGUCUUCGCAAAACCCGCACCUCGUCCUGCUCCGCCCGCCGCCAUUGGCUGCCUCCAUGGACGCCACCGAGCACCCACACAUGCAAGGGGGCGCGUCCUCUUCGUCGUCCUGCCGCGCCGCCGACUACUCCGCCGCGUGGGAUGCCGUGCAGCAGCAGAAGCGGCAGCGAUGCCAGAGUAUGGCGCGAGGGUUUUGGCAAAAGCUCCGUUCUUUGGGUUGGAAAAUUUCGCACACGGGUUCUUCUUCUAAUGAUCAAGUUGGAUCUAGCACAGAAAAUAAUUCUCUCCAAGCGUCUGGACCCGAGCUAAAAUUUGACUAUGGAGAAAAUGAGGAUGAAGAUUACUAUUUUGAGGAUGAAGAUGAUGGCUGCUAUGAUGAUGAUGAUGAGGGGUCAGACUAUGAGCUUGACUAUAAUCAACUGCUGGCUGAUAAAUUUGAUGAUUUAGAUCUGCCUCCAGGUGUGGAGGCUACCGUACCGUGGUUGCAGAAAGUUGAAAGGGAUGGACCUGACAAAUUUAAGUCAAUGUCAGAAAUAGAGGAAGAAAUUGCUAAGAAAUAUAACUUUUUCAAGCAGUUUGAUACUGUUGACGAUUUCUCAGAUCAUCAUUAUGCUAUAAGUUCUGUCGGAAAGGCUAGGAAAGAAUGGGCAAAAAGAAUCCAGCAUGACUGGACUCUCCUGGAGAAAGAUUUACCACCAUUAAUAUAUGUUCGUGUCUCGGAAAACCGAAUGGACCUUCUCAGGGCUGUAAUGAUUGGGCCUCAAGGAACACCCUACCAUGAUGGCCUUUUCUUCUUCGAUGCUCAGUUUCCUGCUUCUUAUCCUGCAAGUCCACCAGUGGUAUACUAUCAUUCUGGAGGGCUACGGCUUAAUCCAAAUCUAUAUUGUUGCGGAAAAGUCUGUCUUAGCCUCCUAGGCACCUGGGAGGGUCGUGGUUCUUGUGAGAAGUGGAACCCAGCUCAAUCAACCAUGCUACAGGUGCUAAUCUCCAUUCAAGCUCUCGUAUUGAAUGAGAAGCCAUACUUCAAUGAGCCAGGAUACGAACACUCUGCCAAUACUGCUGACGGACAGAGACGCGCCUCGGAGUAUAAUGAUACAACAUUUCAGCACUCAUGCAGAACGAUGUUAUACUCACUUCGUAGACCUCCGCAGCACUUUGAAGACCUCGUCGCGGGCCACUUUCGUGAACGUGGCCGUGCCAUUCUGGCGGCAUGCAAAUACUACAUGAAGGGCCAUGAGGUUGGAUCCAAAGUCCCUGAGGAGGAGGAAGACAAGGAAGAGAGCAAAAACAGUGAAGGAUCCAGCAGUAGCAGUGCAGUGAAGCCACAGCACAAUAAGCCAGGAUUGCGCACUGGUCGCAGUCCAUCCUUCAAGACCAACCUGGAGGUCCUAUUUGAGGAGCUCUUGAUGGAAUUCAAUGUGAAGGGUGCUGACACUGCAAAAUUCCGUGCUGAGAAAUUGAAGAACCAGCCCGCAGCUGCGUGAAAGGGUCCAGUUGCAGAUUUCCUCUAACCCUAGAGGUUCCAUAAUGAAGUGGAAACCAAAUAAGGAUGUUGGUUUCGCUGUUGCCUAACUAUAGGAAUGCUAUGUAGAUAGCUCCUUUUUCUCUCUUCACCGUAAAAGUCGCUAUGGACUGACGCAAAAAAACUGGAUGGUUUGAUCUUAGAUGCAGAUUGAAGUAUCCACCCCUUAUUGUGGUGGGAUCUUAAAUUGACAUCUAUAUAAGUGGUACACCUCGGCUGUCGAUCAGUGAUGGUGGUUUCUAGCAUGAA